CAUCACUCCAGGCUACUGCACACGUUCGAUAGCGCGUGUUAUAAUGUUACUUUGUGACGUUGUUGUCUAUUUCCUCACACUAAUUAUUAGCGUGUAUGGAGAUGAUAGGAAUUCCUGUGCAGUUGCAGGAUAUACUCCGUUGCUUAAAUGUGCUUCUUGUACAGAGCUAAAGAAGUUUAAAUUGGAAAAAAUUGAGGCUUCUUGUUUGCGGUGUUGUGAAGAUGAAAGUGUACCUGGAAUGUUCAAAGUAAGCUCUCCAGACAAUUUAUUUUGUAAGAAAUAUGCCUUCGCAGAAUUGGUUGCCUGCUCCUGAUCUUUAGAACGCUAUCCCAAGUGCUCGCAUUUAUAAAUAGUGAAAAUAGGAAGCAAAUGUCGAGCCUGAAAGUGGUUUACGAAAGAGGUCAUAGACCUGCUGUUCGUAUGCUUAACGAAAAUCGACAAGUACAGGAAGAGGUUCCGGUCGACACUUGGGAUAGCGAUACAAUUACUGAAUUUCUAAAUGAACGUUUAAUCAAGUAAAUACAGUGCAACUAUUUUUCUUGGGUUGUCAUAUGCCCUUGAGGUCUUUAUGUGACGAUGCAUGAACUAAAUUUCAUGUAUGAAGUGUUCUGCAUCUGAUGUGUGAUCUCGAGUGCUUAUGAAAUUUACUGCACUAACUUGUCAUUUCGUGAUUCUUUUUGUAAAUUCAUUUUUGUUUGUUUAUUAUUCGAUUUAAGUAAGGUAGGGAAUACCUCUUCCGUAGUUUCACUUACUUAUUUCAAGUUUGUUCAAAACAUUCAUUAUACUUUGUAUUCCUUUACUUUAUCACUUGAUAUAAGGUAAUGUUCUUUCAGUUCAUAUUUUUAGUGAGCGUUUUUAUAUCUGUUUAAAUAAACAGCUGAAUAUUUAUG